AAGGGUCCUGACCCGAAACAUCACUCAUCCCUUUUCUCCAGAGAUGCUACCUGACCCACUGAGUUACUCCAGCUUUCUGUGUAUCUUUGGUAUGUACCAGCAUCUGCAUUUCCUUUCUACACAGUAACUUUUUUUUUGCAGUUUUGCAAGUUUCAGUAAUGGGCUCACCGCUGCUGAUGACAUGUAUAAUGGACAAAACUUAAAAAGGUGAAACAAGACUCGCCUUAAAAAUGAUAAGAAUUGGGAACUUGGAAAGGUAGCCUCACCUUGACACCGCUCACUUCUGGAUGUAGUCCCCGGAGGCGCAAGAAACUACAGAUGCUUGGAUCUUGAGCAAAACACAAAGUGCUUUGAGGAGCUCGGCGGGUCAGGUCUAUCUGAAGAAACGACGUCAGUCCGUUCCCUCCACUGAUGCUGUGUCGAUCGGAGUUGGAGCAUAAUCAUCCGAGGUCCGUAAACAACUUUUUGAUGACUGGACCCAAGGCGUUCCUCACCUACUCCAGCAGCUUGGCUGCCGGAGCAGAAUCUGGCAUUGACGAAUGUAAGCACCAGUUCGCUUGGGAACGCUGGAAUUGUCCAGAGAGCGCACUGCAACUGUCGACCCACAAUGGCCUCCGCAGCGCCACGAGAGAAACCUCUUUUGUGCAUGCGAUAAGUUCUGCAGGGGUCAUGUAUACAUUGACGAGAAACUGCAGUCUUGGUGACUUCGACAACUGUGGAUGCGAUGAAUCGAAAAGUGGCCAGGGUGGUGGUCGAGGCUGGGUUUGGGGAGGAUGCAGUGAUAAUGUUGAAUUUGGGGAAAGGAUUUCUAAACAGUUUGUCGAUGCUCUGGAGACGGGGCAGGAUUCCAGAGCCGCUAUGAACCUCCACAAUAACGAGGCGGGAAGAAGUGCUGUGAAAGACACCAUGAAGCGAACUUGCAAGUGUCACGGGGUGUCGGGAAGCUGCAGUAUCCAGACAUGUUGGCUCCAGUUGGCUGGUUUUCGAGAUAUCGGCAACUUCUUGAAGGUGAAACACGAACAAGCCGUUAAGAUUGAUUUAGAAAAGCGCCGGAUGAAAGGAGGGAACAGCGCGGAUAACCGCGCAGCGAUCGCGGGGGUGUUCAGCGCCGUCCUUCACACUGAACUCGUCUACUUGGAGGACUCUCCGGAUUAUUGCGUCCGUAACGCCUCGCUGGGGCUGCAGGGGACGGAAGGAAGGGAAUGCCUCCAAAGUAGCAAGAACCUCUCCCAGUGGGAGAGGAGGAGUUGCAGACGGCUGUGCGGAGAGUGCGCUCUCAGGCCGGAGGAGAGGAAAACGGAGAUUGUUAGCAGUUGCAACUGCAAAUUCCACUGGUGUUGCACCGUCAGAUGCGAGCAAUGCAGGCAAAUCGUGACCAAAUACUAUUGCUCCCAGCGGGAGAAAAAUAGAUCGUUCAACAAUAACAGGCGUAAAAACCGGGCUCGGAGUUGGUGAACGAGGCACAGAUUGCCGCCGAUUUAAAAGACUUGAUGAUUUUGCAAUUGGCAAUCUCAAUUUUAUGAACUGAUCAGACGUGAUGAACAUCAUUAAAUGGACAUUUUUCGUCUUAAUUUUUUAUAAUCUGUUUGAAUAUUCUUGUGAAAUGUUUUAGGCACAAGAUUUUACAUACGUUUUACAAUAUAAAGUGAAAAACUUUCAAGGCUGAGGUUUAAUUACAUGCGGCUAAUCAUUGGGAAUAUUUUUUAAUCUGCAUGAUUAUUUAAUUACAUUGUGAAUUCAGCAGUUUCUAUUGAUGUAAUGUAGGGUUUCAAACUAUUUUGUUUCUGCACGUUUUUAUGCACUUUUUGUAAAUGAUUUCGCACUUGGUUAAAAAAUGAUCGCACUGUAACCGAAACUGCACGUAGACAUUUAGAUAACCUAAAUUAUCUACAGAAAAGGGGUUUGUUUUCACCUGAAUUCAAUUGAUUUAGUCUGAGCACAUUACAGCCAAUGAAACUACCUUGUUUAAAAAUGUUCAAUUUUGCAGUGUGCAUGCUCUCGGCAUUUGAUAAGAUUGAAUCACUCAAUGUAUUAU